GUGCCGAUGUGUGGGAGCGCGCGGUAGUGUGCUCAGUGCCUGUACAUUUCCUAGUUGUUCCCCCGAUGGCCCGCUUGCAACAUCUAUGUGAGCGGGUCCUUAGAUUCGGCGCGCAAGUUCGAAAUUUAAAAAAUAUAUAUAUUUUCAUCUGUGACGUGUUGUGAACAGUGUUGUGCAGAGUUUUUUAUAUUUGGAAUGAAAGAAGAUUUUUUUUCUGUAUUUGCCAAUUGAAAUAUUAACAGUAUACGGGAGCAAGUGAAAUAAAAAAAAUACAAUAAAUCAAAAAGUGCCUUAGUAGAAUGUUUAUUUAAGACGGAAAGAAGAAUAAAAACAAAGACCACGGCGACAAAAUGCCAAAAAACUUGUUACUUUUCAAAAAGUUAAUACCAGAAAUAAACUUCGCGAAAAGAAAUCUUACAUCGCCGCUCGGCCGGAACAUAUACAUCAGUUAAAUAGUGGUGCUUAAAUCAACCAAGUUGAAAAACAAAUAAAAAAAAAAACAAAAAUAAGACAGAGUGCCAUAAAGUUUUUCUCCAAGAAAAAAUCUUAUGGUGUGACAAGUUGCCUUAGCCGACAAAGUUGGAAAUUAAAAAAAAAAAAUAGGAACACCAAAAAUCAGUGAUACUAGUUAAGCCGCAAUGCGAAUACGAUUCGUGCGUCUUCUCAAUCAUUGGUCGAAGGUCACUUAAAAAGUUAAAUUUUGAAAAAAGAAUAAUGAUGAAUAACAGUCAAUUCCACGAGUUGUUCGGCUCUCAGUGGCCUCCGGACCAGCAUGGAGGUCACUCGUCGGCAUCGACGAUGCUGCACCAGGGACAGGGUUUGCCCCAGGGUAUGCAAUUGAAGAGAGAGCCGCACACUGAGGUCCAGGGCGUGAUGCAUAACCAGAUGGGUAUGGACAUAACAUCAGGAUCUGUGGCCGAUAGCACCUCACCCCCUCCAGGGAAUAGCGAGGGGAUGUUUGGUUCCUCUAUAUCAGGGAUGUUCAUGGACAAGAAAGCUGCCAACUCGAUCAGAGGUAAAUCGCAAAUCGAGAUAAUACCCUGCAAAGUCUGCGGGGACAAGUCAUCAGGGGUUCACUACGGCGUCAUCACUUGUGAAGGGUGUAAGGGAUUCUUCAGACGCUCCCAGAGUACAGUGGUGAACUACCAAUGUCCGAGGAACAAGGCCUGUGUUGUGGACCGUGUUAACCGGAAUAGAUGUCAGUAUUGCCGGCUACAGAAGUGUCUCAAAUUGGGGAUGAGCCGUGAUGCCGUGAAGUUCGGGCGUAUGUCGAAGAAACAACGCGAGAAAGUCGAGGAUGAAGUCAGAUAUUUCCAGGAGAAGAUGCGUUCACAGGCUGAUGCUGCACCGGAUUCAGUUUACGACACACAGCAACAGACGCCCAGCUCCAGCGAUCAGUAUCAUGGACAUUACAGUAGCUACCCAGGCUACGGCUCCCCACUCUCCUCAUACGGGUACAACAACCCGCCGCUCAACUCCAACAUGAACAUUCAAGCCCAACCUCCCCAGUACGACGUGUCAGCCGACUACGUCGACUCAACGACCGCUUACGAACCGAAGCAGAGUGGUGGGUUCCUUGAUACUGACUUUAUCGGACACGACGAUCAACAAAAGAGCAUCAGAGCGACCACAUCAACAGCGACAGCGACAACAUCAACAACAACAAUGCGACAAUCAACAAUAAACGAUAUAAACCGGACUAGAAUAGAGUUCGACAGAUACGAUGAGAGAAUCCAAUCACCAGCUUCCAUAUCGAGUGGCGUUAUCAGUAUAAAGCAGGAAAUCAAGCCGGAGACAUCCAUGGGGGUUGAUAAUUUAGUAGCCAGCUAUGUGGACUCUACAACAUUCCUGAAUAGCCCAACAAAUAUAAACAGCCCGAUGGACAUACAGAACACGGUUCUCGUUAGUGGUCAGAGUUCAGUCUCAUUGACUAGUGAGGAGUUGAGCCCGGAUGAUUUGACGUCUAGUAGUGGUCAUGGGAGGUUGAUGGACCCGUUGAAUAUGAACAUGUCUGGGAUGGGUAUGGUGAACCCAAACGCUGUGUCCAACAGACGACAUCAGGGUUCGAGCAGUUCAAACGAUGAUUUGCCGUCUGAAGGAGAUAUCAGCAAAGUUUUGGUUAAGAGUCUGGCUGAAGCUCACACAAAUACGAAUCCUAAGCUAGAAUACAUUCAUGAGAUGUUCCGGAAACCACCAGAUGUGCCCAAGCUACUGUUCUACAAUUCAAUGACAUACGAGGAGAUGUGGUUGGACUGCGCGGACAAGCUGACAGCUAUGAUACAGAACAUCAUAGAGUUCGCAAAACUCAUCCCCGGCUUCAUGAAACUGAGCCAAGACGAUCAAAUCCUGUUACUUAAAUCGGGUUCAUUCGAGCUGGCCAUAGUUCGCUUGUCACGGCUGAUUGAUGUGAAUCGCGACCAAGUGCUGUAUGGUGACGUCGUGCUGCCUAUUCGAGAGUGUGUACACGCACGUGACCCUCGUGAUAUGAACUUGGUGUCAGGAAUCUUCGACGCCGCUAAGACAAUUGCACGGCUCAAGCUCACCGAGACGGAGCUUGCCCUGUAUCAGAGUCUCGUGUUGUUGUGGCCAGAACGGCACGGCGUACGCGGUAACCCGGAGAUUCAGUGCUUGUUUAAUAUGUCAAUGGCCGCGAUGCGCCACGAGAUUGAGACGAACCACGCACCUUUGAAGGGAGACGUUACAGUACUAGACACUCUUCUCACUAAGAUACCCACCUUCAGAGAACUGUCGUUGCUGCAUUUGGAGGCGCUCUGCCGUUUCAAGGCGGCUCAUCCACAUCACGUAUUCCCAGCUCUGUACAAAGAAUUAUUUUCUUUAGACAGCGUUUUAGAUUACACACACGGAUAAAAGAGUAUUUAUAUAUAUUUAUCGAGGGUAUCUCCUUUGAGUUGCGACUAGAUCUCAUUUUUGCCUAUGAAAACGGGACGUUGGCAGCAGUGAGGCCGUGUGACUUCUAAAGACUUGACAGCUGAGUUUCAUUUAUUUCCACCUCCCCCCCCCGUCACUAUCGCUGGAGGCGUCUGUUCACCGUUUGUUAACCUAUUUAUAAUUGUAUGUAUGUACUUUGAGACUGUUAUAAUGAUAUUUAUGUAUUAGUACGUACGUACAAUAUUAAUAUUUAAAUGUUUAUUUAAUUCGAGUCGUAAGUACGGAUGGGCGUCUUCAGUUCUACAUUUACUGUCAGAACGCUUGGCGAGAUAUAUUGGUUAACUUUACAUAUAAAUGUAGAGUAAAGGAAAUACUUGAAACCGAGUACGUCGUAUAUGUAAUUACAUAAUAAUAUAUUUUUACAUAUUAUUAUGUAUUACAUGAAUGACAUUACAUAUAAUUAUCAUAAAUUGUAUUCUAAUAUUGACGAUGAAAUAAUAAUGAUUAUUAUAUAAAUAUAUAAUAAUAGAAAUAGAGUUUUUAUUAAGAAUUAAAUAAAAAAGUUAAAUGGUUUAGCGUGACCACACAACAGUUUGUUUUAAGCGAAACAUUUAAUUAAAAUAGGUCUUUUUUAUAAUUAUUUUAACAGUUUUUUUUAAUGAGAAUUGUAACUUGUUAUUUAUUUCAAAUGAUUAUAACUAUUGAUGUUUUUUUUUUUUUCGAUGUAGUAUAUCUAUUAUGUUGUAAUAUAGGAAUACAUGAUACUGCCCAAUUUUUUUGUAAUUUUUUCGUUAGCUUUUUUAAUAAACAAAUUAGUCGAACAGAAUUUGAAUAUGUAAUUUAAAGUAAUGAUAAGUUGCAUCGUAACGUAAAUAUUUGUUGAACAAAAAUCACGAAUGAGAUAUAUUACAUUAUGUAAUGUAAUUUAAUGAUCAAAUCUUAUUAUUACAAAGUCAAUUUUUAUUUUAUAAUUAUACACAUUUUAUAAUAAUUGCUUUUCUGAACUUUUUUUUUUAUAUUCGAACUUUUUAUUUAUAUUGUACUAACUCGUUCUAAAUUUGAAAUGCGCAAUUUUAUUUUUUACAUAUCAAUACGUAAUAAUGAGAUUUGAUUGAGUGAGUAAAAUAAAAAAAAAUUCAAUACAUUUUGAACUAUUUACAAUAGCAGGCAAUUUAAUUUUUUCUGUAGUUAAAAUUUUGAUCUCAAUUUGUUUUUUGCACUACGCUUGGGUGCCAUUUUGGUAUUUUGCAAUUAUUUUGCAUAAUAAAACGCAUAAUAUAAGGUAUAAAGUACAUUUUUUCAUACGUAAUAUAUAUAUGUUUUGCUAGUUUUUUUUUUUAUUAUUAUUUAAAUUGCCUGCUACGUUACUUAGAAUUAUUAAUAAACAUCAACUUUUUCUAACAAUAUGCUAAGUUUCAUCAAAUAGCCUUUAUUAUAGACUGGAUUAUAUUAAUGUUAAAACUUAUAAAUCUUAACUUGUAUUUUGUAAAUAGCUAUUAAUCGUAUGUAUUUUAUAUUAAAUAAGGUUCGGUGGGUUAUUUUUAAUUUUACAUUCUAUUAAAAAUUAAAAAAAAAAACAAUUUUUCCACAAUUGAUUUGAAGAAGACAAGUUCUUGAGGAUUCAUGUGAAAAACAUUGUUUUUAUAUUUCUAUAUAUUAUAUAUUUUUUGUUAAAUAAAGCAAUCUGUUAUUGUCUAUUGUUUUUGUUUUAUUUUUUUUUUAUUAACUUUUAUUUCCAUUUUUGUAUAGUUUUUUUUUUAUUUUUUUUUAUUUUAUCUAUGUAUAUAUAUUUUUUAAUAUAUCACACAUACUUUCCGUUUAAAGAUAAUAAUAAAAUAGUAUUAAUCAUGCAUAAAUAGUGAGAGGAUAUAGUGCAUAAAAAAUAUACGGGUGGUUCAUAUUUUAUGUUGAAAAUAUAUAUAUAUAUUAUAUAAAUAAUUGUCUUCAGAAUUCUUGUGGUUCCUUUUGAAAGCUGUUGACGAAAAUUAUCACACAUUUGUACCGACAAAUAUAAAAGAAAAUGUUAUAAAAAAUACGUAUUUUAAUUUUAAUAUAAUAUUAAAGCACAUUAGAUGAUUUUAGUGUAAAUUAUAUGAUUUCGCAAAAACUAUUUCGUGUUGUUGAAAACGAAAUUCUUUCUUUUUUUUUUUGUUGAUUUUUGUACUUUAAUCAUUUUUGCAUAUCAGGGAGAGUAAUGUUAUUUAAUCGAAAUUUCUCUUUGUACAAAGCACGACAAAGUUUUAAGCACUAAGACUGAAAAAUCGGUAAAAACCGCUUUUGCCUAAACGUAAAGUUAUAACCGUCUAAUUUUAAGCCUGCUACAAAUUUGUGAUCCUGUAAAAAAAAAAAAAACUGUACAUGGUUUCAACUGUAAUUUUUUUUCUGUAUUGAAUUGGAUGCUUAGACUUCUUGUAUUGGUUAACAUUGAAAGUCUUUAGACUGACGAAUUAAAUUAUUCGACAUCACAUUUGUGAGCAGGCCAGACCUCGAAUUUAUUUUGAAAUUUCAAUAAACAAAAAUGCCUCUAGAAAAAAAAGUAUAAGAAGAACAAAUAUUAUUAAAUAAUCGUGUCCAUUCUAUACUUCUUAAAUUUUAGACUUGUGAUUGGUGCAGAAAUGGGUAAGGGAUGAGGGGUUGCCUUCGCAUACGGAAGGACUUUCUUGAUAGUGUUAGAAUUAACGCUCUUGUGCAUUGAAGAUUUUUUUUAACGAAGCUAACAUCUUUUGUGAUUGGAAAAAAUGAAUUUAUUAAUAAAAAAAUAUCGUUUAAAAAAAAUCUCCACUGUGACUGCGACUUAGGCUAAAGUUUUAAUUGCUGGGUAGUUGAGUAGGUAUUUCUAAAAUUUUUGUACUAUGUUUUUGCUAAAUUUUCACUGAAACAAUAAAAUAGAUUUGGACACAUGAUAGAGAAUAAAUGUUUUGGAAUAAAGGCAAGGUUUAUGUAAGCGGUGUUUAUGUUUGUAUUGUUUUGUGUACGAAUCAUUUUCAUGUGUUUAAUUAUUUCAACAAUAAUUAUUUAAGGAGCUUCUAUUAUAUACAUAGAGAACCUUUUAGGUAUCUCAAUUAUGAAUAGAAAAAUAAAGAAAUUUUUUACAUCUUGUUUUCGAUAAGAUAAUUAUUUUAUAUUAUGAAAAAAAUAUUCAUUUGUUAAAUAUUGAAUAUUUUUACACAUUACUGAACAUAUUAAAAGAGUAACAAAAUAUUAAAAAAAAUAAAUCAUAUUAUAUCUAUGUAAAGAAAUACAGAUUAUAUAAUAUUUUGUACGCACACGUUGACCGGAGACCGGAUAUCGAUCACCCCUAAUUUUAUUACGUUGUUAAAAAAAAGUUUUCCAUAAAAAAGUUUUGUUAUAAAAAAAGUAUUUAUAAUAAUAAUAUAAAACAGCUGUCUAUCGGUCAACGUGUGCUUACUUUAGCUUUGUUGAUUUAUGAACAAACAAACAUUGUACCUUAGUAGAUGGAGCUGGGAGACGAGAACCAAUAGGAAUAAAAGUUAUUGUUUUUUAUUAUUACCCUCGAAUCACUUGCAA